ACAUGCAGAUGAUAGCAAUCGGUAAGGGCUUUCCUACCUAACCUAACCUAACCUAACCUGGGGAGAAUCAUUGCCCUUCGGAGUUGGGGGGCUCGCUAAUGCGACGUUGAUGCCGAUAGGUGGUGCCAUUGGAGCGGGUUUGUUCAUCGGGUCGGGGAGUGCUCUAUACCACGGAGGACCGGCUUCCUUGGUUAUCGGCUACCUCAUCGUCGGCAUAAUGCUGCUGUUCACCAUGCAGGCUCUCGCCGAGCUAGCAGUCAUGUAUCCCGUCAACGGGGCGUUCUACACCUACGUCGUGAGAUUCGUCGACCCGGCCUGGGGCUUUGCUACGGGGUGGAACUACGCGAUCGCAUGGCUCACGGUCCUGCCCUUCGAGCUGAUCGCGGCCGGCAUGACCAUCGAAUUCUGGCGGAGCGACCUCAACAUAGCGAUCUGGGUCACCGUGUUCCUCGUCAUCUUGGCCCUGAUCCAGGUAUUUGGCGUGCGGGGCUACGGCGAAGUUGAAUUCAUCCUUAGUAUGGUCAAAAUCGCGGCCUGCACGGGUUUUAUCAUAUUGGGUAUCGUAAUAAACUGCGGCGGAGUUGGCGAUAGAGGUUAUAUAGGCGCCAAGUACUGGUACGACCCGGGGGCUUUCAGAAACGGCUUCAACGGCUUCGCCGGGGUCUUCGUCGUAGCGGCCUUCGCUUUCGGCGGCACCGAACUAGUUGGCCUCGCAGCUGCCGAAUCGGUCGAUCCCCGACGCGCGAUCCCCAUGGCCUCGAAACAGGUCUUCUUCCGCAUUGCCUUCUUCUACAUCGUCAACCUCUUCAUCCUCGGCCUGAUACUGCCUUCCAACGACGGCCGCCUGGAGCAGUCGACAGGCUUCAACUCGAGCUACUCCCCGUUCGUCCUGGCCAUCCAGGACGCCGGCAUCGCCGUCUUGCCGUCGAUCUUCAACGUGGUGAUCACCGUUUCCGUCAUCAGCGUCGCUAACUCGUGCACCUUCGGCUCGACCCGUACGAUGCAGGCGAUGGCCGAGCGGGGCAUGGCGCCCCGGUUCCUCGCGUACGUCGACAAAGCCGGCCGGCCCUUGUACUGCGUCGUAGUCCAACUCGCGUUCGGGCUUUUAGGCUACGUCGGCGUGGCAUCGAACGGGCUAGACGUGUUCGACUGGCUUCUCUCUCUCUCGGGGCUGUCGUACUUAUUCGUGUGGGGAUCGUGCUGCCUCGCCCACAUCCGGUUCCGAUUGGCUUGGAAGAAGCAGGGACGUAGUCUGAGCGAGAUCCCCUAUAGGCCGCCCCUCGGAAUCUGGGGUAGCGUCAUCGGCCUGACCCUCAAUAUUAUCUGUCUGAUUGCAACUUUCUAUAACGGCCUUUAUGUAAGCUCAACUUAUCAGUUUCCCAUAUAACCCCCCCUCUCUCCCCCUUUUUUUCUUCUUUUCCUUCUCCCGUCGAGAUGUAGGGAACACCACAAUUAACUUGUUCGGUUGUUAGCCCGCCCCCGACUCGCACCCAGA